ACAUGCGCAUUUCGUCUGUCGCUUGCUUGUUACAGAUUACAGACAACAAAUAUAGCGUCGUUGCCAUACAAUGUUAGAAUUGCAAUCGCUGAAUUCUAAACUGGGUGUCGAUCUCAUGUAAGAAGUUUGUAAAGUACACGGAAGUUUUGAAAGUUUAGUAUCAAUCGCUUUGGAUAAUUGUGCGGUAUUAGUGAGUUUCAAGUUUAGAACGACAAAGGAGCCACUGAAGCUACAGUCAUUUUAUAACGGGACGUUUAGCUAACGCAUGCUCGAUGCUCUAGCCGAAUGAUAAUUUUGUAGCGGCGUCGAGUGAGAAAUAAUAUUGGAUGUGUUGUGUCUAAUUUUUGGAGUCAAUCAGAGUUGUUUUACAGUGUUCGACAAAUGCUCUCAAUUAUGAUUUUACGUGUGGAGUCACCUUAAGUGCAAUCCAGUGAAUAAAAGCAAUGAACCGACGCAUUUAUCAUGUAGGACCGGAGUGUGUAAAUAAAAUUCCGUAAUCAAAUAAUACUGCAUGUAGGUUACGUUCGCUCAAAUACAUUUAUUUGUUAUUUUUAAAAUGUAUGCUAAAGGAAAAGGAUCAUCAGUGCCGUCCGAUGCACAAGCCAGAGAAAAGUUGGCUUUGUACGUUUAUGAAUAUUUGCUGCAUGUUGGAGCACAGAAAGCAGCACAGACAUUUUUAUCGGAGAUUCGAUGGGAAAAGAACAUAACGUUAGGAGAACCUCCAGGAUUUUUACACUCUUGGUGGUGUGUGUUUUGGGAUUUGUAUUGUGCAGCUCCUGAAAGAAGGGAGACUUGCGAACAUUCCUCGGAAGCCAAAGCUUUCCACGAUUACGGUUUUGUAAACUCGGGGUAUGGAGUUAAUGGAAUUUCCCACAAUGCGGGUCCAGCACCAAGUCCACUGGGACAAAUGCCUGCCGACGGAAUGCCAGGGGGCCCAAUUCCUCCAGGAUUUUUCCCUAAUUCGACAUUACGGCCUUCACCUCCCACGCACCCUUCAAGCCAGCCAUCGCCUCAUUCACAACCCCCACCGCACACUAGUAUUAUGACAACACAGCCUUUUAUGAAUCCCAGGUAUCCUGCCGGCCCGCGACCUGGUGUUAGAAUGCCACAAAUCGGAAGCGAUUUCAAUGGACCUCCAGGGCAGCCGUUGAUGCCGAAUAAUAUGGACCCAACUAGACAAGGUGAUGGCGGAGAUUUUGUAGGUUGGCAAGGACCACCAGCCACUCUAAAUCGAAUGAACCCUCCACGGGGGCCCUCAAUGGGACCUCUUGGUCCUGGAACGUACGGCACCGGUUUAAGAGGCCCACCCCCUAACAGUAGUCUCGGACCCGGAGGCCCUAUGCCUCCUAUGACAAUGGGAGGACCUGGAGGACGACCGCAAUGGCAACCUAAUACGUCAACGCCCAUGAAUUACUCUUCAUCAUCACCUGGCAACUAUGGUGGGCCACCUGGAUCCGCGGGACCAGCCGGUCCAGGAACGCCAAUUAUGCCAAGUCCACAAGAUUCAAGUAAUUCGGGAGGCGAAAACAUGUACACAUUAAUGAAACCGGCCGUGGGUGGAAAUAUGCCUGGAGAUUUUCAGAUGGGUGGUGGGCCAGAUGCGGGCGGUCCAAUGGGUCCAAUGGGACCCAAUUCAAUGGGCCCCGUAAUGAAUGGGGAUGGAAUGGAUGGUAUGAAAAAUUCACCUGCAAAUGGUGGUCCCGGGACGCCGAGGGAAGAUAGCGGAAGUGGAAUGGGAGAUUAUAAUCUUGGAGGAUUUGGUGGACCAGGAGAAAAUGACCAAACGGAAUCGGCUGCUAUUUUGAAAAUAAAAGAGAGCAUGCAAGAAGAGGCCAAGAGGUUUGAGAAAGACUCGGAUCAUCCUGAGUAUUUCAUGCAAUAACUCACCUCGGCUGGCCCUCAAUAGGCUGGUGGACUAUGCCUCUUCCUUGACCUAACCUACUAACACGGGCGGUGGUGUGUUCAGCAAAAGUCGCCAACUCUUCGGGCCGCGCCACUAGUCAUCAAUCUUCUAUUUGUUUCCAGAUAUUCCUGUGAUUCCAGACCAGGGAGCACAGGGCACAUCGCACAUGUCAAGUUCCUUCAUCCUGAAUAUUUCUCACAUUUUUGUCCACCAGCCUAGGCGGGCUGGACCACUGAAGUAUGUUGUAAUCACGACAACUGAGCUCUUACUCCUUACUACAUUCAUAAUAGACCACUCAUAGAGAUGUUAAAUUCUUUUUUACUUGUCAAAGUGAAUUUGGAAUGACGGAAAAUGCUUUCUUCUUUCUGCUGCAUUAAUCGUAGCGCAUUUAAGGCACAUCAUUUAAUCCAUCGGACUCGUUUUAUCGCAAAUUAGAUGCUAUUACUUAUAUUAAUUCCUCAUCUUCUGAUUCAACGACUUUCCGGUUUCAGUGAGUUUUUAUUUAAUAUCUAAUUUUCUCAGUAAUCUUGAGAAGGAUGUAAGAAAGCAUUGUCCUGUUGUCGGAACUUUUAAGGAAGAUGUCGGGAUACUUCUUACUUAAUUUUCUAUUAGUUUCAAGGUAUAUGUUUGAACAAUAUGUGGAUUUAUUUUGAUAAGUGUUGCACCAUAUAUUGGCAUCAUAUCCAUGAAACUAUAAUGUAAUUAUUUGAUUGACCUAAAGUUUUCAAUGGGAAUUUCUCGCUGUAUCCAGGGCAAAUUAUCGAAUUUGCCACAUUUUUCGGAACGUAAUUCGAUGCAAAGCAAACAUCAAACAGUUUUAUAUUAUAUGAUAUUAAAUAUGGAAAGCAAUGAGCAGUUCAAUAUUUUAACUAGAUACUUAUUUCAAACAGAAACGGUGAACAUAAAAAUCCCACUGAAAACUACUCGUCUAGAUGUAACUGUCACAAAGAUUUUUUAAAUAUUGCCUCAAAGCUUUUCAAUGAGAUAUGAAAAACACUUAUUAACGUUUGUUUCUCAAUACUAAAUUAAAAAAGCCAUUCUUGAAAUUUGUUUGCGUUUUAGUUUUGUAAUUUGGCAUAAAUUACAGUCCGUCAGUUUCAUCAGAAACUUUUUCAAAUCUCGUUGAUGUUGUUAGUUCAAUUUUUUACAUCUUUUAAUUGUUUCUUUAAUUGUUUUGCAUUCAAAACAAUGACGAUUGAAAUGUUAUGUGCUCCGAUUGUCUCGCAAUCUUUCAACUAUUUCCAAUAUGUUUUGAAUAUUUAAUAGGAACAUUCGGCAAAAAACAAGUUUCAUUGCCGUAUGAAGCCAGGUUUUUCUCCUUUUUAUGCGGCAUCUUAAAAUUCUAGUAUUAGUUGAAUUUUAUCAGCGGCGUUGUAACUGAUUAGCACAAUUAUUUUGUAUGUAUUUUAUUUUAUGAUUAUAUUGGUUCCGUAUUUUUGUCUAGACCACUUUGGUGUACCACGAGCUCUGUAUUUUCUAUUUUCACUUACACUAAACAAUUUUUUCUCAUUGAGAUGAUACCUAUUUCUAUUAUGUAAUAAUUAAACAUUGUAUUGACGUUAUUACAUCACAAAUAAAUUAGUUUUUCGAAAUAGGUAUCUUAUAUAAAAUGUAAUUAUUUUGUUUCUAGAUGAUAUGAUAGAACGUUUUGUACAGAUUUAUUAGCAGAUAGGUAUCACAUUUUUUGGAAAUUUGACAUCUCUACAAAAAAUGAGUUUUCAAUUGCGAAACGUUUCUAUAAGAAACUUGUUAUGAUAUGUAAGUAUUUAGGAAAUUCUCUGAAGAUACCCGUGUAUAUGAUUGUAGUUUCUAUAAAGCAUGUUUUAAGUCAUUUUAAUUACUUGCCAGACGAAUCCGAAGGGUCUAUCAAUAUACAAGAGUCUAUCAAAUGAACAUGAAUAGUUGAGUGGUAAUAGGUUGUGGUUUCCAAUAUUGCAAUUAUGUUCUCUCCCGAAUCCAGAUAGAUAUUUUAUAAACUUUUAUACAAAAAUUAUCUUUCAUUCUUGUAAAAUCCAUCCAGCGUCUCAUGCAUUUUGUCACUCCUUUGCUUAAAAAAAAAAUCCUUUUUGGAGAUUAAGAACAUAUCAAAAAGAGUUAUGUCAGUAUUGUUUUGGAUCGAUUUUAGAACUGUCGGGACAUAUGCACUGCUUUUUAAAGGUUUAUUUUCACAUAACGCUUAUAAUUCGACAUUGGUAAAAUAUUCAAUAUUUUUAUUCCUGUCAUUUUACUAAGGAAUUAAGUUUUUUUUUAUCGAAUCUUGCUAGUAAUAAUUUGAAAAUGAUCUGUAAUUUUCCUGUAAAACGAAUCUUCCGGGCUAUGAUUUAAUUUAAAUAUAAGUAUCGAUCAGUAUUAUAAUUUAGCGUGUUUCAUUUAGCAUUAAUUAAGUCUAAUUAUUUAUACUGUGUAAAAUGUGAUGGUAAACAAAUCACUUUAUUAAUAUCUAGUAAAGUGUAGGAUAGUGGGUAACAAGUUAUAGCCUUGUUUCAUUUGAUUAUAUUCAACAAUUUUGCGGCUUUAAUACAGACUGAGAGAGACAUGAGAACAUACUCAAGACGGUAAAUAACUAAAUAUUAAUAGAAAACGUAUUUCUGACCAACUAUUAAAUACGGCGCCUAUUUUUAAAUUUAUAUGCAUUGGACGUUUUUGUUUUGGCGUUAAGUUAAUUUCUUUGUCUUAAUAUAUUUUUAUGUUUGAACAUAAGAUUAAAUAAAUGUUCAAGUAACAAGUUUUCGAAUAAAAGGAAAAUCUGUGUCCAGCGUAUCGUUAGGGAAAUAGUUUGGAACGAACGCUUUAGCAACUGUUACAUUAGGUAAAUAAUAGUCUGUUUUUAUUAACAAACAAUUUAAAAUGACUUCAUUAUCAUUUAUGUUUGGAAUUUGAUCGCAUCGAAUUAUUCAAGUAUAUAUUAUCUAGGUACGUUCAUUGAAGUUUGUAAUAGUUUAACAUCACGAUAAUACUAGUUUAGCUUUGGAUUUACCUGGCGAUUCGUCUGGCGUAAUAAAGACAUUUAAUAACAAUUUGUACAUACAUGCAAUAGCGUUGAAGGGGAGAAAUGCUCUGAAACAUGUAAUUCUAUUGACAUUUUACAGGUACAUAAUGUAUUCUUGAUCGAUGUAUGUACCUCUCCACCUGAAAAAUUAUUUUAUUGGUAAUAAUUUUAUGAUCUUGGACCGUAAUUAGGAUAAGAUGUUAAUUUAUAAAAUAUUCUCUUAAAAUAUAUACUAUCUUAAAGUAUAUAAAUUGAUUUAUUAGGCUUAGUUUGUCUGAAUGGGUAUGAGUGAAAGUGUGGUUGAUAUAUAUGUGAUAAGGAAUUACUGUGAAGAUGUGAAUUUUAUUAAUAUUAUUGUUUUCUUUUUUGUAUGGAUAAUAAAUAUGAAAAGUUUGA